AUGCACGUGACGCGCAACCCCCCAGCUUUCGACCCAGCAGCUAAGCACAACUUUGGUCGACGUGAGACUCAGCCGGCACCUGGAGUCGUUGAGCCAAGCCAGGAAUGGGAUGGCAACGAUGGCCCGUGGUCAAGCUUUGUCUUGCAAGUCGGCACUCCUCCUCAACAAGUCCGGGUCGACAUCUCCAUUGCAGGACAGGAGACAUGGGUUGUCAGUCCAGGAGGUUGCGCAGAUGCAGGAACCGACUGUGCCAAUAACAGAGGCGGCGAGUUCAACAGCCAGGCCUCCUCAACAUGGCAAUCGACAACUACUAUCUGGAAGAAUUCUGGAAUCUACCAGCUUGCCGGGCUGAUCACCAAUGCCCUGGGUAUUGAUGGGAACGGGGAAUACGGUUUCGAUACUGUUGGUUUGUCGUUUGCCGGGCAAGGCGGCCCAGCGAUAGAUCAUGCAGUCGUUGCGACGUAUAACACGACAAACUUUUACAUUGGCCAGUUUGGGGUCACCCCCAACCCAACCUAUUUCACAGUUACAAACGACAAUUCGUCUGCACUAGACGAUCCAGUGAGUAUCUCCAAUAAGAUUCUUGACAUCAACGCAAUAAUGUGA